CUGAUCUCUCACCGCGCAGACCCUCGCGUACUCCUCUACGAUGUCCAGGUCAAUUGAUUGCCUCGGCGUCUACGACAUCCUCCUUCAGAUCUGCGUCGAGCUGGAGACGCAGCGCAGUCUUCGGUCAUUAGCGGCGGUAGCAGUGACGGAUCGGGCGAUCAGCUCUACCGCUCUCGAUGUGCUUUGGGAGCGGCAAAGCUCGUGGGUGCGGCUGCUCAAGACACUCGAAGAGCAUCGCCUGGUCGCAGGGUCGGAUCGUACGGAGCUGAUGAUCGCCGACCCUAUCAGGCGAGCGUCCUGGUCUCGCAUGCAAACGUACGCAGCUAGGAUCAAGGUCUUGUACGCGCGAUGCAGUGACUCUGGGGAUGGAAGUGUGGAUAUUGCCGAUGUCACAGUUCGGACACUCCUCAUACGAUCCGGCGGUAGGCGCAUCAUCCCUGACUUGCGCGAGUACCGGUCUUCCUGGCAAAGAUGCCCUUCCGGCCUCGAUUCUUUCCCAUUUCUCUUCAUCGGUCCCCCCUCAGAGACCUAUGCUUUAAAAUCGAUAACUCCCCGCACUGUGCAACCAUUCUCGCAAGCUUGCCGUCUUUGUGCCCAGACCUGACGAAUUUGACUGUACUCGCAAGAGCUGAUUUCAUGAUUUCGAUCGGCA